GGCUGACGGAGGACGAGGACAUCCAGCUGAUGCUGCGGGGCUCGCUGCUGCGCAAGAUCAAGUCGCGGCGGGCGAAGGAGCGGCUGUACCGCCUGCAGGAGGACGGCAUGACCGUCUGGUUCGAGCGGCGCUUCAGGCGCGCCCCCUCCAAGCAGAUCUUCUCCGUGAUGCACAUCGAGGGCGUGCGCCAGGGCCACCAGUCGGAGGGGCUGCGCAAGUACGGCGGCUCCUUCCCCGAGCGGCACUGCUUCACCAUCGUCUUCAAGGGCACGCGCAAGAACCUCGACCUGGCGGCGCGGGGCGAGGAGGACGCCCAGCACUGGGUGCAGGGGCUCACCAAGCUGAUGGCGCGGCUGCAGGCCAUGAACCAGCGGGAGAAGCUCGACCACUGGAUCCACGGCAUCCUGCAGCGAGCCGACAAGAACAAGGACAACAAGAUGUGCUUCCAGGAGGUGAAGAGCAUGCUGCGGAUGAUCAACAUCGACAUGAACGACAUCUACGCCUACAAGCUCUUCAAGGAGUGCGACCACUCGGGCGACGAGCGGCUGGAGGGCCGGGAGCUGGAGGAGUUCUGCCGGCGGCUGCUGCGGCGGCCGGAGCUGGAGGAGCUCUUCGGGCACUACUCGGGCGAGGACUGCGUGCUGUCGGCCGAGGAGCUGCGCGAGUUCCUGCGUGACCAGGGCGAGGAGGCCACCCUGCGCCAGGCCCGCGCCAUCAUCCACGCCCAUGAGCUCAACGAGAAGGCCAGGCAGCAGGACCUGAUGAUGCUGGACGGCUUCAUGAUGUACCUGCUCUCAGCCGCUGGUGACAUCCUCAACCAGGAGCACACCAAGGUGCACCAGGACAUGAGCCAGCCCCUGUGCCACUACUUCAUCUCCUCCUCCCACAACACCUACCUGACCCACAACCAGAUCGGCGGCACCAGCAGCACCGAAGCCUACGUCAGGGCGCUGAUGACGGGCUGCCGCUGCGUGGAGCUGGACUGCUGGGAAGGUGCCGACGGGGAGCCCGUCAUCUACCACGGCCACACGCUCACCUCCAAAAUCCUCUUCCGCGAUGUCAUCGAGAGCAUCCGCGAUUACGCCUUCAAGCAAUCGCCCUACCCCGUCAUCCUCUCGCUGGAGAACCACUGUGGGUUGGAGCAGCAGGCCACCAUGGCCCGGCACAUGAAGGCCAUCCUCGGGGACAUGCUGCUGACGCAGCCGCUGGAUGGGCAGGACCCUGACAACCUCCCGUCCCCGGAGCAGCUGAAGGGGAAGGUCCUGGUGAAGGGCAAGAAGCUGCCAGAGCCGUGGGGUGAGCCCCAGGGUGUCACUGCCACCCCCGACCCCGAGGAAGAGGAGGAGAAGAAAGAAGAGGAGGAGGAGGAGGAAGUAGAGGAAGAAGAGGAGGAGGAGAGGCUGCAGGAGAGAAGAAGCCAGCGGGUAAGGGGCUCUCCUGGGGCUGUGCGGGGCAGGCGAGCCCUGCGGCGUCCCCCAGCACAGCAUCGCUCUCUCCUCUUCCAGUCGCUGCAAGAGAUCCAACCGCUGCAGGCCAAGGACGCUUCGCAGGUGGCCCCAGAGCUGUCGGCGGUGGUGGUGUACUGCCAGGCCGUGCCCUUCCCUGGCCUGGACCAAGCCCUGCAACACCCCCGGCCCUGCGAGAUGUCCUCCUUCAGCGAGAGGAAGGCCCGGAGGCUCAUCAAGGAGGCGGGCCCGGCAUUCGUGCGCUACAAUGCCCGGCAGCUCAGCCGCAUCUACCCGCUGGGGCUGAAGAUGAACUCCUCCAACUACAACCCCCAGGAGAUGUGGAACGCUGGCUGCCAGCUGGUGGCCCUCAACUUCCAGACGCCGGGCUACGAGAUGGACCUGAACGCCGGGCGCUUCCUGGGCAAUGGGUGCUGUGGCUACGUGCUGAAGCCCCCCUUCCUGCGCAGCCCCCACGUCGAGGGCCCCCGCUGCCUCGUGCUGCACAUCAGGGUCAUCACGGCCCAGCAGCUGCCCAAGCUGAACCAGGAGAAGCGCAGCUCCAUCGUGGACCCCUUCGUGCGGGUGGAGAUCCACGGCGUGCCGGCCGACUGCAGCAAGCAGCAAACCGGCUACAGGAGCAACAACGGCUUCAACCCACGCUGGGAGGAGACGCUGACCUUCCAGCUGCAGGCGCCCGAGCUGGCGCUGGUGCGCUUCGUGGUGGAGGACCACGACAGCACCUCCUGCAACGACUUCGUGGGGCAGUUCACCCUGCCCCUGGCCAGCAUGCGGGAAGGGUAUCGCCACAUCCACCUGCUCUCCAAGGACGGGGCGUCCCUGUCCCCCGCCACGCUCUUCGUGCAUGUUAAAUGUAAGCGCCUGUGAGGUCCCUGUGGCUGCAGCAGGGGGGGACGCUGCAUCCCCGGCCCGUGCUGCACGUGGGGUCGACGCGCUCCUGCGUGGGGCUGGGCACCCGCCCGCGCCGUGGAUGCCCCACUCCCUGCAUGGGGCACAGGGACAGGUUGGGGACAGCGCUCACUCGUGUGGGGGACAGGGUGCCAGCCAGCCAGGGUGACAGCAGGGCGGGUUGGGGUCCCUGUGGGAUUAGGGGACCCUGUCUGUUUCCCACGGUGCCACCCCACUCUUCCCCUCUUUGGCUGUGACCACAUGGGGACAGGGACGCUGUGACAGCCAGGACAGGGUGGCGAGGCCACCACCAGCCCAGAACAGCUCUAGGGGCACGAUGAGUGACAGCAACCCCCCCGCAAACAUCACCAGCUCCAGCCACGCUUGAUCCUGCCCCCCUUGGGCUGCAGGGGUGGUGCCUGCCACCACAAGGUCCCCAAGGACCCUGCCACUGCCACCAAUGCCGUGGUAUCGAACCUCCGCUUGGCUCAGCGCCGAACGCAGGGCCGGCCGCGUUCAGACCUGUGCUCGAGUACUGGCGAUGGUCAAAGCUCUGUACCCGGCUGCCAAGCGAGUCGAAUAAAGGUUUAUUUUAACAGAG